UCCCUUCUGGUUUUCCGUCUUGGCGGUUUCUUACCAGCAGGCGGAUCACAAACAUCAUCAUCAUCAUCGGUUUUCAGAUCCCAAACACAAAGGAGGAGCAUCUGCUGAUUCACACGGAGGUGUUUGUCUUCACCUUCUGCCAUGGAGGAGGUGACCCGCCUGGUGUCGACUGGAGACUGUGUGAAGAUCUGGGAUGCAGCUUCCAUGGCGCCGCUGGAGCAGUUUAACCCGCACAGCAGCAGCCACCCAGUCGCUCAGGCCUGCUGGAGCUCCAACAAUCAGUACCUGGUGAGCGCCAGCAGCAGCGGAGACAAACUGGUGGUCUCGAGCCUGAAAGCGUCUCCUGCUCCGGUGGUGGAGCUGGCCGACGGGAAAAAGCAAACCCGAGUGUGUUUGAGUUCCUCGUCCCAGUUUCUGGUCAGCGGGGGUCUGGACCACUGUGUCCACAUCUGGGACCUGAAGACCAAGAGGCUGCACCGCUCCCUCAAAGACCACAAAGAAGAGGUGACCUGCGUGUCUUUCAACACCAACGACAGCUGCAUCGCCUCGGGCUCCACCAGUGGGGACCUGCCCAUCCACGACCUACGGCUGUCCAUGGUGAAGCGCUCGCUGAUGGGCAGCGUCUCCGACAGCGGCUCCGUGGUGCUGUGGGACUCCAACACCCAGAAGGAGCUGCACGUCUUCAGCGCCGCCCACAAGGCCCCCGGCUCCGGCAUCUGCUUCUCCCCCACCAGCGACCUGCUGGUGGUCAGCGUCGGCUUCGACAAGAAGAUCGUCUGCUACGACACGGCCAGCAAGAUAGUCCUGCGGUCCAUCCGGGUCGACAGCCCUCUGACCUCGGUGGACUUCACGCCGGACGGUACUGGUUUGGUGGUGGGGUCCACUCAGGGGAAGAUCUACCAGUACGACCUGAGAAACUCCAGCAGCCCCACCAGGGUCACGGUGGCCCACAAAACCUCAGUCACCUGCCUGCGCUUCCAGAGCAGCAGCAGGCACAAGGCAAGCCCCCAACCACCCUUCACAGGCUCCUCCCACCCCUCACAGGCUCCUCCCACCACAGGAUGUUCCAGCAAACUGGGAGCCCCCAAGAUUUCCAGCACAAAAAGAUCCAGCUCCAAACUGUCCAACAGCCAGCCAGACGCCCCCCCCCAGAGGCCCCGCCCCCCACAGCCAGUAGGAGGAGUUUUGUGUCCAGCAGGAGGCGCCGGUGGGGAGGUGAUGUGUCGGGAGGCCGAGGGCCAGCAGGGGGCGGAGCAUCACACAACGGAGAAGUUCAUCAGCGCCGGACGCAACAGUCUGGAUCUCUUCUCUCCCGUUCGGGAAGACUCUGGGACGCACAGGGCAGCCGUGGACACUCCUAUUGGACCAACACAAGUCUCCAGUUUGGAGAUGCUGUCCACUGCAGGGGAGGGCAGGUGGCCCACUGGCCGGGGCAGUCUGGACAUGUUCUCCCCAGUUCGAGAAGAGCUGCUUUCGGGGGGCAGCGCCCCGCGCUGGACCCAGCUGGGGGCCUCGGCGGGGCACUGCUACAGCCCGCUGUCCGCCUUCCAGUCCCCGCAGCCCAUCAAGGAGGAGGAGCCGCUCCCCCCCGCCGCCGCGGAGCCGGGCCUCUCCUGGAAGGUGACCACCUCAGAGCCCGAUAAGACCGGCAGUCCCAGCCUGGACAGGGAGGGCCAGAGCACGCCCUCCUCCUCCCAGCCGGCCCCGCCCUUCUUCACCCCGGAGCCCGGCCUCCGCAGUGCCAUCGGCGUCCAGACUCACCCGGGCUACGACCCACCUGCGCACGGAGCUCCGCCCCCCACAGCAGGUACAGCCGGAGGGCGUCUCCUUCUGGCUGAGAGCAGGCGGAGUUGGUGGGAUCUGCUCAUCCCGGCCGGUUCUGCUGUUUCAGGUCCGGCCGUGACGGCGGCGGCGUCCUGCUCGCAGAACAUCGCAGACGUGGUGGGACAGGGCGGCGCCGCUCCCCUCACCUCCCUGCAGGUCCACUUCAUCCAGAACCUGAUCCAUGAAACUCUGGAGGAUUUCAGGGACGCCUGUCACAAGGACAUAAUCAACCUGCAGAUGGAGAUGAUCCGGCAGUUUUACAUCCAGCUGAAAGAGAUCCACGGACUCGUAGAGAAACAUUCAGUCAACGAGUCUCUGAUUGAGGAGAUAGAGAAGCUGCGUGAGGAGAACCGCCGGCUGAGAGCCAACUACUGACCUCUGAGGCUGGACGGUGGCGGCCUGAGCAGAUGUUCAGGAUCAGCCACUCCUCUGGAGGCCGGACCUGCUGGGUUCUGCAGGAUGCUUCUUUUAGGGAAGGAAACCAACAAGUCCUUAAACACGACAUGAAAUUGUAAUUUUUAAAAAAUGUGGAGCUGUACGGCCAAUAAGUGUGAGCGGCCGUUUCAUGUGCCUGAAUCAAGUUUUUGUCAAACGAGUUUGUGAGGGAAAAAUAAAGUUUAUUCUGA